GGUCCUUGAGCCAGAUGAGGGGAUUUUAAUCCAGUUAAAGUUUUCAGAUGGUCAGUUGCAGAGGAGAAGAUUUUUGACUUCACAGCCAUUCCAGGAUUUGGUGGCAUUUGCAGGUGUCAAUGACAUGGCCAGUGAAGUAUUUUCAUUACAGCUGGCCAUGUCACCAACACCAAUGUUAAGCACUUUGACUGGCACUCUGGAGGUAAAUGGGAUUUCUGAGUCCUGUACAUUGUACGUUCUAUGGAUGUCAGGAGAUGAUGUACAGGAAAUACUGUCAAAUGAGCAAGAUUCGUCUACUUCAUGUGGGAAUGAAUCUUUGCUAUCCACUUCCAGAUCUCUUCUCUCCACGGUUCCUACACCCUCCAUAACUACCAAUACUAACAUGUGUCCUCUAGACAUUGAGUCUCAGACCUCAACAACUUCACUGCCUCCCCUACUGACCUCCCCCACUCACAGUCUUUGCCUUCCUCCAGACACUGUACUCCAGCCCUCUACAACUCUUAGCAUUUUCCCUCCUAUACCCCUUGGGCCCCUCACCUCUACCACUCACAACAUUCGCCUUCCUCCAGACGCUAUACCACCCAUCACCUCCACUCACAGUAUAGUUCCUUCUCCAGACACUAUGGCCCUGACCUCCCCCACUCGAAGCAUUUCUCCUCCUCUGUACAUUGCAACCCCAGCCACCCCCACUCACAGCAUUUCCUCUCCUCUUGAGCCUGUACCCAUCUUAAGUCCCACACUUGAGGUAGACCAUGAUCUGGAUGAUCACUUCAUGUCAGAUGGGUAAGUACUCAUGUCCUGCUAUCCUCGUUCUAUGGUGAGUUUUUAGAUGGUCAAAUUUACUUGACAAUACCAUGCCACGAAUGCCUUAUUCAUACAGGUGUUACAGGUCAAGAAUUUGUCAUUGUGAUGAGCCUCUGAAGUAAUAAAGCCAUAAUUAAUUUUUUCCUUCCUUUAGGGUUGAUGUUUCAGACCUUCUUAACGUUCUUAGGUCACAGAUUGAUUUUGGGACUUGUCCAUCAGCCAACCUUAUUAAUGUUUGCCGUGAUGACAUCAUGGCAUGUGCAGUACGUGCUUUUGAACGGCCUUUGUUUGAUCCAAUGAAGAAGAUUGAUAUUAUAUUUGUGGAUGACUGGGACAUGUCAGAGGGUGCUGUGGAUGAUGGAGGCCCAACCAGGGAGUUUUCACGACUGUUGAUGCAGGCCAUUAAAGAGAGCUCUCUUUUUGAGGGCCCAGAAAACGAAAAACAUCUU